CGGACGGCCUGCUCCCUUGGUCUUAUCCCUUGCUCCGGUGCCUGCGCUCUCACCGACACCCAGGAUUCCCACCAUGGAACGUAGUAAUGCCCACCUCCAGCAGCAGCUCGGCAAAAAGGACGAGCAAGUAACUGUCUCUCCGACCACCACGAUGGACACGCUCCCGCUCGUCUCGCCGCCGCCGUCCCGGGAGACGCUGCGGGAGACACUGCCGGCUGCGCCGGCUGCACCAGACGACCCAGUUCGCAGACCGACGCGCCGGCAUCGUUGGCUGCUGUGGCCGCUGCUCGCCGCGGUCGUGGCAGCGCUGCCGCUCCUCCCGGUGGAGGUAUGGCUGCCGCACAUGGACCUGCCUUCCGACGACCUCUCGAGCACGGCGGAUCCACUCCCGCCCUUGUUCCCGGCCGACGUGCCGUCCUUCCUGAACGCCACCUGCCUCGACAGCGAGCGCCGGUUUCCACUCGUGGUGACGCCGGUCGACCCAUCCGUCUCGAUUGAGCGCGUGUCCGAGUGGGUCGAGCGUAACCGCGACAUCGUGACGGGCUGGCUCGACGCCUAUGGGGCCGUGCUGCUGCGCGGGUUCGCCGUCGAGGAGGCGGCGCAGUUCGAGCGGGUCGCGAUGGCGUACACGGACCGGCUGGACAACAUCUACCUCGGCACGUCCCCUCGCGAGCCCGUCACCAACUCUGAGUUUGUCUUCACCGCGUCCGAGUUUGAGUCGUGGAAGGUCGUGCCGAUGCACUGCGAGAUGUCCUUCUUGCCGCGGCCGCCCGAGCACCUCUUCUUCUUCGCAAAGGAGAUGCCGCCCGACAUGGUCGGAGGCGAGACGCCCCUCGUCGACAUGCGCGCCGUGGCGAGAGAGAUGGGCGAAGCCACGCGCGCAGUGUUCGAGCGCAAGGGGAUCCGGUAUGUGCGUGCGUACCCGUCCGCCCGCUCCAGCCACCCCCUCGACAAGUACGACCCGUUCAAGACGAAGAGCUACGAGGCCAUGUUCCGACAC